AUGUCAACUCAAGGCUUUGACCCAAACAGGGCACAAAAUUUGCCGGAAAUUGAAAAACAGAUGGCAGUAAAGUGUGUCGAACAAGCACAAACGUUAUGGUCAUUAUAUGAAAAAGUUAAACCUUCAACGCUUAGGCUAACAAAAUUAGACGAUGAAAUUUAUCAAGAUAUGGAAGAAACAUUUGAAGAAUUACGACAAACUGAAAGUGAUAAAGUUGGCGGGGUUGCAAAAAUUGAUGAAGAAAGAAUGAAAUCUGAUGAAGGAAAGAAGAAAUGGAGAGAUUUCAUCGCCAAAUACGAAAAUAAGGUGUCCGACUACAAUUUUGGUACUCUAAUCCGAACAGACGCUUCUGACGAAUACACACAAUUCAACACUACUUUUGUCACACGCAUGCAAUUUUACGUUUACGAGAUUGCCCGUAAUAGACGGGGAUUGAACGACUGGGUAUACGACAAAGCCCAAGAAGAAGCACGCAAAGAGGUAGGUACCGACAAAAACGAGAGAAUAGACUUGAAUGACGUACUAAUAACUUCCUCCCCUCCCUUUCCUCAGGCUGAGAAGAAGAACAAGAGCAAGAAGUAG